GCAAAUGAAGAAUUUCUUACUACUUAGGACCAUUCAUAUCCCCUUCAACUUGUUCCCAAAUACUAAAACAACCGAACAACUUCUUCAAAAAUGGCCUUUUACCUUUGGUUCUUCUUCUUGAUCCUACAAAUUUUGAAUCAUUCAGCCAUUUGUACAACAUUAAAAACAAAUUUUUACUCUGAAACAUGCCCCAAAGCUGAAGUGAUAGUGAAAGAAGUCAUGAAAAAAGCUAUGAGAAAAGAAGCAAGAAGCAUAGCAUCAGUCAUGAGAUUGCAAUUUCAUGAUUGUUUUGUUAAUGGAUGUGAUGCUUCUUUGUUGUUGGAUGAUACUCCAAACAUGCUUGGUGAAAAACUAGCUUUGUCUAACAUAGAUUCAUUGAGGUCUUAUGAUGUUGUUGAUGAAGUUAAAGAAGCAUUGGAGAAAGCUUGUCCUGGUGUUGUUUCUUGUGCUGAUCUUUUAGUCAUUGCUGCUAGAGAUGCUGUUGUUCUGAGUGGAGGUCCAUAUUGGGAAGUGAAGUUAGGAAGGCUAGAUAGUUUAACAGCAAGCCAAGAAGAUUCAAACAAAAUCAUGCCAAGUCCAAGAUCAAAUGCAACAUAUCUCAUUGAUCUCUUUAGUAGAUUCAAUCUUUCUGUCCAAGAUCUUGUAGCACUUUCUGGCUCACAUUCCAUUGGCAAAGGAAGGUGUUUUUCUAUUGUCUUUAGGCUGUACAAUCAGUCCGGCUCGGGGCGUCCUGACCCUGCCAUUGAGCCAUCAUUCAGAGAGAAGUUGGACAAACUUUGUCCACUUGGUGGAGAUGGUAAUGUAACAGGUGAUUUGGAUGCAACACCUGAGAUAUUUGACAAUCAAUACUUCAAAGACUUGGUGAAUGGAAGAGGCUUCUUGAAUUCAGAUCAAACGCUCUUCACUUACCCUAUAACAAGGGAAUAUGUUAGAGUGUUCAGUAUAAAUCAAGAAAGUUUCUUUAAGGCGUUUGCUCAAGGCAUGAUCAAGAUGGGCGACUUGCAGUCUGGUCGACCUGGUGAGAUCAGACGUAAUUGUAGGGUGGUUAAUAGCCACCGGCCUCGCGUUGAAGUCUUGUUUGAGACUUCAAAGAGAAAAGAGUGAAAGUUUCUUUUCAAUCAAAUUGUUUACCUAUGUUUUUUGGAUUGGCCUUGAGAUGCCUAAAAGAUUAUGAUUGUAGCUAAUAGAAGCAUUAGUGAAGUUUCAGAAA